UCGGGAGCUGGGGAACCUGGGGAAUCCUAGCGGGGGAGGCGUUUUCUCACCUAGUAUUGGCCUAGAGGCUCCGAGCUGUCCCCAUGGGGUAGGUAGGUGCGCUUCGAGAAGUGGGAUAUAACUCAUUGAUGCACCGCGUCAUGUCGUCCUAGUCGUCUUGACUCUUCAACCGCACUGCACCGCUUCCUUCUCUAUCUGUGCCACCGUCACAGCCCCGACAAUCCCAUAAUGCUGUUCACAUCUCUCUUCGGCACCGUCGCCGUGUAUGCGGCGGGCGCGGCUGCCCAUGGCGCCGUCACCGGCUACGUGAUCGCCGGCAAGAGCUACCCCGGGUACCAGGGCUUCUCGCCCGGCAACUCCAAGAACGUGAUCCAGCGGCAGUGGCCCGACUACAACCCGAUAAUGUCGGUGACGGACGCCAAGAUACGGUGCAACGGCGGGACGUCGGCGACGCUCAACGCGUCGGUGGCGCCGGGCGAGUCGGUGGCGGCCAUCUGGGGCCAGUGGACGCACAGCCAGGGGCCGAUCCUGGUGUGGAUGUACAAGUGCGCGGGGGCGUUCGCGUCGUGCGACGGGUCGGGCGCCGGCUGGUUCAAGAUCGACGAGGCCGGCUUCCACGGCGACGGCACCAAGGUGUUCCUCGACACGGAGACGCCCUCGGGCUGGGACAUCGCCAAGCUUGUCGGCGGCAACAAGCAGUGGGCCAGCACCAUCCCCGCCGGCCUCGCCCCCGGAAACUACCUGCUCCGCCACGAGCUCAUCGCCCUGCACCAGGCCAACACCCCGCAGUUCUACCCCGAGUGCGCCCAGGUCGUCGUCACCGGCUCCGGCUCCGCCCAGCCCGACGCGUCUUACAAGACGUCCAUCCCCGGCUACGCCAAGCAGUCCGACCCCAACAUUAGGGUAUGUAAUUGCUCACGUUAACCGACACUCGUCUCGCGUGCUAACCCGCUCUCCUAGGUCAACAUCAACGACCACACCCUCCCCCAGAAGUACGUCUGCCCCGGCCCGGCCGUGUACAAGGGCGCCGCCAAGACGGCGCGCGAGUUCUCCGCAUAAUAGAGCGGACGUCAUCAGCGCAGGAUCGGUCAGGC